AUGGCAAAAUCUCAAAUAAAUACGAAAUCCAGAAAUUAUGUUCAAGAUAAAGAAGCAUUUUUGAAAGAACUAAAGCAGUUUAAUGAAAGCAAAAAUAUACCAUAUAAAAUACCGGUUGUUAAUGGUGUAGAUAUAGAUUUGUAUCUCUUGUACUCAUUGGUUCAACAAAGAGGAGGUCUGAGCAAAGUUAAUCAAAAUGAUACCUGGGAAACAUUUCUGCGUCAGCUCCACUUACCACAUCCAUGUGUUAAUGGGUCUACAUUAUUGAGAAGAAUAUAUGGAAUGUAUCUGGAGAAAUAUGAAAGAGCUAAAGGUCCGCCAGGUAGAGAUGACGACUUAGAUAUGGAUGAAGACCCUCGUCGUGGCAGGGGCGGAGGAAUGCCACGCAUAUCAUUUGGUAGCGGCACUUACAUAUCAGCUUCCGGUGAACCUCUACGUACAGGGAAUCGUGUAGCUGGUCCAUCUGAACGGCUUACAUUAUCGUUGUUGUCGCCGAUGCCAAAUGAACAGGAUUUUGCCGUUAAUGUCUGCACAGUGUUAGCAGCAGAUCAUUCUAAUAGGCUUCCGUUGAGCACAACACCUCAUAUACUGGAUUUCUUGCUAGCUCAUGCUGGAGUUUAUAACCACUCAAGCCUCCGCGACACAAUCGGUCGUUCAUACUUCGAGUCUCGAGGUCGUUAUCCACACGAGUUUUGGUCGGAGCGAGCUGGUGGCGGCGGGGCGAGGGAACUUGCUGAUGAGACAAAGUUCACCGGUGAUCAACCUGAACUUGUCGUACAGGCGUUGGCUGCACAUAACACACUUACGGACUGUCUGAUGCUGGCUGGUAGUGAAGAUGAUAAUAUGGAGAAGAUUGUUGAGGAUGACACCGAGGAUUGGGUGACGGAACCUUCAGAGGAAGAUCAGUUGUUCGCUCCGACGUUACCAGGUGGCGCCACAUGUGUUUACACACAACGUGUACUACAGAUAGCUAGCAUUGUACGAAGCUUGUCCUUUCAUGAAGAGAAUGUGCAAUACUUGGCUAGGAAUACCACUCUUAUAAGAUUCUUACUGCUAUGUGCUAACUGUUGGGUGGGAACUCUUCGACAAAGCGGUUUAGACACGCUCGGUAAUGUCGCUGCCGAGCUCAUUAUUAAAGACCCCGCUACAUGUUUGAUAUCUCGUCAUGUUCUAUCGACUAUACAAUCAGCGCUGGUAUCGCAAGAUCGUGCUAGAGUAUUGGCAGCUUUGGAGCUCUUGAAUAAAUUGGCACAGAACGAAGUAAACGAGGAAGCGUUACUAAAAGCAUUGGAAUCAAAAGUUUAUAGCGACGUGUGUGCUCUGCUAACUCUCCGUGAUAUAAUGGUGUUGGUGUGUACUCUGGAGUGUGUAUACGCUCUCACCGGUCUGGGAGACCGCGCGUGUGAGGCGGUCGCGCGUGUACCCGGACUAUUACACACACUAGUGUCGCUGGUUACUGUUGAGGCGCAGAGCUACGGUCCCCGCGCGUGUAUCCUCAUGCGAGUGGUUGAGACGGUCAGCGGGCCGCCCGCCGCGGACCACGUGCAGCCACACACACUACAGAACACUAACCCUCCCCAACAGGUUCAAGUCCCAAAGCCUCCCGUGGAGCCCCCAGUGGCGUCUCCCGCUGUCGCCACCCAUACACAGCCUACUACAUUACAACAAUCGCAUAUGCAACAACGUACAGUACAAGAAAACGAACAUUUCGCCCAAGCGUGGCUGAGAGCUACGUAUGAAGCUCUCCCCGCGUCGGAUAAUAGUGCAUGUGACGCCGCUGACGUGUACAGGCAGUACCUCGCGUGCUGCACUAAACUAGCACGAAAGGGAGUCAUCGCACCCGCACACUUCCCACGACUUGUGAGGACGGUUUUCGGUGGCACGGUUGGGCCAAAUACAGUGAGCACUUCAACGGGUGAAACACAACACGUUUACAUCGGCAUACGAGCUAAGAAUAUAGCUAAUAGAAGUAAUCCGCCUGUUGGUCCAUCUUCACCUAUAUUAAAAGCUCAACUCACCAACAAGCCGAGCGCGACAAUUGAAACAAAACCGGUUGUCACACAGCUACAGACUCCAACGCAGUCCACAGACAACAGUAACACGUCUCUCAUAAAACACUUGUUAGCGCAUAAAGUAAGCGCGGCUCAUACUACACAUGUCGCUCAGAGACAGCAAAGUCAACAACGUGUACCGACAUCAGGAACAGUCGUCGUACAAACAUCAACAGCGACGUCGCUGCAGAAUAUGGAGGUAGAUCCAGAAACUCUCAUCAAAUGUACGACGAUAAUACCUGGAACAGUCACCAGCACAGCUGUACAGGAGAAGAUUGUAGUGAACGCGCCUGACGAAGUUAUGGUUCCAAAAGACGAACCAGUUCAAAUUCAAAUAGACGAGCAGGCACAAUUGACUAUAAAAACAGCACAGAACAAGAUGUUGGCUGAUCUUCUUGAGAAAAAAUCAAACCCACCAGUACAAGUUGUACAAAUGGGACAACAAAUAAACGCACCUACUAUACAGAUAACGGAAACGGGACAAAUAGUUCAAGUUAAAUCGGAAAAUAUGAUACAAAUAUCGGAUUCCGUUCAAUCGAGCGCGCCAUUUUUUCAAAUUAAGAACGAGCAAGGACAACUGAUACAGAUCAAAAACGAUCAAGGACAGAUUAUACAACUCAAAAGCGACCAAUUACAGGGCAUGAUUCAAAUUAAGAACGACCAAGGUCAGAUAGUACAGAUUAAAAAUGACAAUCUAGCACAGUUAUUACAGACUGGCGUUAUACAGAAGAAUGAAAAGGAUAUAGCUGAAAGUGUUGUAACUGAUCACUCGUAUACGGAACCACCGAACAAGAAAAUUAAAGUCGAAGAUAAGACAGAGAAUCCCCCGGAAAGUGUUUCAAAGACUGCAGCCAAUCUGUACGCGGCCUUAGCUGCCAGUCUUCAAGAUGAAGAUGAUCUGCUUCCCCCGAAACAAGAAACCGUGGAUGUGAUCCAGCCAUCAGUAUUAGUCAGCACUCCGGAGAAUCAAUCAGUUUUGAUUCAAGAACCUAUAUUACAGGUGCAGCAACCAACAUUACAAGUGCAGCAACCAACGUUACAAGUUCAGCAACCAACGUUACAAGUGCAGCAACCGACGUUACAAGUGCAGCAAAACGCGAUACAGAUGCAGCAACCGGCGUUGCAGGUACAGGUACAGCAGCCCUUACAAGUUCAACAGCCGAUGCUCCAAGUUCAACCAAUGGAUGUACAGAAUAUUAUGUCUCAGGCUGGACAGAUUAUAUUACAGGAAAAACCGGUCGGUACUCAACAGGCGCAAUUUGUACAACAGCCCAUGCAACUUAUAGCGGCACCAAGUACUUCACAAGGUGGUUUGAGCUACAUAGCGCAAAAUAUACCCGGUAAUAUGAUGCAGAAAACUAUCAUAAUAGUUCAGGGUACUGGAGGUGGUCCACUCACAUUAACGGUUAACAAUCCAUCUGGUUUGGACGAGGCCACGCUAAACUCGCUCAUAGCGCAGGCGACUGAGGCGAUAACGCAGCAGCAAAUUAUUCAGAACUCAGGAGUGAUACAAUCACAAAGGGUGAUAGUCAGUCAGUCAGCGCUAGUGAGCUCGUCACAGCCCAUAAUGCUGAAAACUUCCAUCACACAGAAUCCACCUCAACUGACGCCGAGCCAGCAACCUAUAAUAACAUCGCAACCACAACCUCACAAAGCACAAAUUGUUAACCCUCAACAAAUCGUCGUGACCCAAAAACAACCACCUGGUAUGAUAAGUACGUCGUCUGGCAGCCAGAUCGUUAGUACCAUAGUUGGUAGCAACCAACAAAUAAUUCAAGGGAAUCAGCAGUUACUGCAGGGUAACCAACAAAUAAUAGCGGUUUCAAACAACCAGCAAAUAAUAGUUAAUACCCCAAUGAAACCGACUCAUAGAGUGGUCCAAGCAUCAAGGAACCAGGUUACAACAGUUGUGACCAGUAACCAGGCUGUUGUCACAACUGAUGCAAAGACUAUCCAAAGUUCAGCGAAACCUCAAUCGGUUAUGCGACAGGUUAUAACUCGGCAACCAGUUAUGGUCGGCAAUACUAAGAUCGGUGACAAAGAAAUGGUGGUCACACAACCUGUGACUGAGACUCAACAACCAAAGAAGAUAGAAACUCCUCCGCCCCAAACACUUCAGACACAGCCGCCGACUACGACAGGGUCUGAAGACACGCCCUGGAUCUGUCAUUGGAGGGGAUGCGGGAAAACGUUCUCCAGUUCAUCCGAGGUGUUCACUCAUGUUGCUCGGACCCACUGCCCCAGUACAGCCGGCGGUGAAGCCCCCUGUAUGUGGCUAGACUGUGACCGAGUCCCACGGAAGACAUUCGCCUUAUUAAACCAUCUCACUGACAAACAUUGCACACCUAAUGCACUCAAAGCAAUAUUCAAUUCCCGACGUCACACUGCGAGUGAGGCCGAGUCUGGUAAGCCUAUGUCAGUUGGGUACCCGCCGAAUGCAGCUUUGGCAGCCUUGAAUAAACACGCGGCGGACAUGUUCAAUCCCAGAGAGCUUAUGCACCGGGCCGAUGUGACCCGCACGCCGGACGCUUCGGUGAGACAAGUUUGUGGCUUUGUAACGGGUUACACGAAAAUAUGUCUUAUUAUUAUACAAUAUUAG